AUGCACGAAGCCUCCCCGGAAACGGCCCGUGUCGUGGUGGAUGACACCUCCGUCUGGGUGGGAACCCAAUUGAAAUACCUGGGUCUCUACCUGGACGCUACCUGGAGCUUCGGCGGGCAUUUCGAACGUCUGGCCCCCAGGGCGGAGGCAGUGGUUCAAGCUUUAAGCCGUCUCCUGCCCAAUUUAGGGGGGCCGGACGGGAAAGUGCGCCGCCUAUAUGCGACGACCGUCCGGGCGGUGGCCCUUUACGGGUCACCAGUGUGGGCGGAUGCCCUGAUGGCGAGUAGGCGCAGCAUGAUGCUGCUGCGCCGAAUUUUCAGGCGGGUCGCCAUCAGGGUUAUUCGCGGAUAUCAGACGGUGUCGUAUACGGCGGCCUCCAUACUGGCGGGAUUGCCGCCCAUCGAGCUCUAUUACAUCUUUUGUUCAGUAGGUCAUAAGCUACAACAUAUGUAA